CUACGACGCGUCCUCUCAGGGGAUCAGUGCCCCGUAGCCGCUGAAGACUUGGGUGCUACAGCGCAGAUUUGUGGCUCCCGAUAGCGAGGUGCAGGUACCGUAGCACAAGUGACCCCCUGCACAAAUGGUACCUCCAGCAAACUUGAAGGAGCGUGUCGGGAUCCGCCCAACGCCAACGCCAACGCGAUGCGCCCGCGUUAAACCACCAGAACACGCUUCGCACUUCCCCGUCCCCCCCGCUCCGGCCCUCGAUCAAAAAGGCCACAAAUCCCAAGCCUACCUUUUUUUCCUGCCCUUGGCCUCUUCUAACCCGGCCUGCAACUGCGACCGUUUCCUUGAAGAAUUAACUUUUUCUUUUUUUCUUUUUCUGCAUUCCUUCCUUCUGAGUUGGAGCAACUAUCAAGCAGACAUCGCAUCCUCUUCACCUUUUCCCUCUCUCCAUCGUCCACCGACAUACCACAUACCAUACCUAUACCCACACAAUUUGCCCACAGGGAUAGGAAGUGCAGGUCCAAGAAGGAAGUUCGGACGCGAUAGGACCCGAGACACGUGAAUCCUGACGUCUCUAGAUCUUCUCCACGACUUCCCUUUCGCUGUAUUACAGCACAAUCGAGAAGCAUCAACGGGGGACAUAC